CUACAAACUACUAGGUUAAAGUACAAGAUGUUACGUUUGUGGUAAACAUUUUUGCAAACUAAAAUAUGAAUUAAUCCUUAAUUGAGAAUGAAAGUGGAAUGUGUAUAGCCUGCAAAGUUUAGAAUGCAUUGUGUGUGUUUUUAAGCAAUAAAUAAUGAACUCGCCAAACUACCUAUCCCUGAAAUUUGUCAACAAAGAUCUGCUGUUGUCAUGGCAGCCUCCAUUUAACAUAAAAGGUGGACCUCAAGAUGUCAGCAGUUACAUUGUGUUUGCGUCCCCCGUGUUUUUGUCAGGUGGGGACACAUGCUUCUGGCAAAAACUGGAUGAAGUACAGGGAACAAUUUACUGUGUUCCCAAAAAUUACUGGAACACCUCAUCUCCUCAUGUGAUUGGGGUGGUUGCCGUGAAUGGGCUGCAACAAUCUGCUAUGGCCAAAGUGAAACUGCCGUUUCAUGGCGAUGACAGACUGUGCCAAGUUAAAGACAGUUUCCAAUGCCAUGUUCCAGUGAAAACAAACUUGCUCCUGACAGAUGAUGUUACAGGACACUGUAUGGUUGAAGAUGAUUGCUACAAAACACUGAGCUACAUACUUUGUGCGAUACCAAUGGAUGUGAAAACAAUUAACAACAGAAAAAUUCCUAUGUGCAAAAUGAUCAUCAAUAUCAGUCCAGCAAUGAGCAAGAUGAUUGAGACUUCAACGGACAGUAAAGGAAUGAGAAAUGUGGAGCUACAUCUUAGGUUUUGUGAAUAUGACUUGCUACUUGGACAUUGUAAGGACCGUAUCCCUGACUGCAUGGUUUUUGUAGGAUCACAGAGAGUUCAUAUACAGGUGAAUGACAAGGAAUCUUCUGUGCACAGACCAGUUGACAUCACCAGAGCCUGUGCUCUUGCCAAAUAUAACACCACACUGUCAGUGGAAUUAGGUCCUCAAGAAACAAAGAAAUACUGUAUGUUUAUAACGGUGGUGAAGCGCCUUGAAAUGAGAACAAUUCUUCAACGGCUUGUGAAGAACAUGCCAAGUAUUCUAGAGGCUAAGCAAUACAUCCAGGGCAGGUUUCAAACAGACUCUAGUGGAGUCCAGUCUACCAGCUACAAGGCAAAACUCUGUUGUCCGAUAGGACAGAGUCGCCUGGUGACACCAUGUCGAGGGGACAGAUGCUCCCACAUCCUGUGUAUGGAGGCUGAGACUCUGGUCAGAAUGAACGAGGGCAAAUCUGUCAAGAAGUGUUUCAUCUGUCAGAAGCCAUACUCAAAUAUUGUUGUGGACAAGCUGUUUCUGCUCAUACUCAAGAAGGUACCGCCAUGGGUCACAGAGGUUGAGUUUCAGCCAGAUGGCAGCUGGAGUUACAGCAACAACGCAACUGCAAUUUCAUCAUUAACUCUUGAUGAAGAAGGCAUCCACUCUGGUAUACUAGAAGUGGAUAUGAGUUUACACAUAGAAAAUAACAACAGCUGCUUGGAAAUCCAAAAUUGUGAAAUAUUACCAAAAAGUAUACCUGACCUCAAUGGCACCCAUAUAAGGGUAAAUACAGAAGAACAUAAAUCAAUCACUGUGGGUCCAACAAACCCAUUUGAUAGUAGACACAGACGUGCAUCCACAGCUGCUGUAUUUUCACAAGAAUGUUCUGGAGAAACACAAGGAAUAUAUUGUGCCGACCCUUCAUAUGAACUGCCUAAAGAGAAAGAGCACAUUGACACAUUAAACACCCCUCAGUGUCGUUCUAAACCUACAAAACGUAGCACACAAUUUGAAAAACAAAAGAGUUCUAAACCAUCAAAACGUAGCACAAAAGUUGAAAAACAAAAGAGUUCUAAACCUUCAAGAUGUAGCUCAAGAGUAUCCGGACAGAAGGGUGCUAAGUUGAAGGAAAGAGAUAUUCAGAAUAUCUCAAAUACAACAAUACCCAAUAAGUUAAAUAAUGGUUCUAAUUUAGAGACAAAUGGACUAAAGUGUAUGUCACAAGGCUUAAUGCAACCCACUGUUAUUCUAGGUUCAAUUUCAGAUAAGCAUCAGGAAACUGUAUCAAAGAGUGAAAUAGGAUCAAUCCACUGUAAGAAUCAGAUUGACAUUCUUGUUAAUGACUCACAGGAAGAAUUGAAUGCUAUGAAAACUCAUGUGGAGGAAGGUAAAUUUGUGGAAAUUGUGUUAUGUGAAUGGGAUGGAAACAAAGAGACCUACACAGAAAUGGAAGAUGAUAAAUCUGUUUUGAAUUCAAUAAUAGUUGACACUCAACUUGAGUGUCGUGAACACGGCACCACAAAUAAAAGUGUAACAAAUGAACCAAAGCAGACACAUAGUCAACAGUCUCUCAAUGUUGGUAAUCAAACUAACACACACUUGUUGCUCUUGGACAACCUCAUUUCGAAUACCUUUACUUGUUCAAUCUGUAAGGAAGAAUUCGGUCUAACAAAGGUUUAUGAAAAUUUCGACGAGCGCUUAUGCAUCGAUUGCGCACGAAAGAAGGGUGUUUUAUCGCUUUCUUUGUAUAACCUAAUUAAUUCUUAUGAUGGGAAAUCCAGUUUAUCCCCUACAUUUUUUGAUACAAUUGAAAGAGGUAGAAGUGGAAUAUCCAGAAUGACGAGUGAUAAAUCUGUGGAGGAAGAAAGUUCUUCAGCUUUGAAUUCUAGUUCGACUAAGGCAAACAAGAAACAGAAGUGUAUACAAUCAAUUAAUUGUUUAGAAGUAAAGGACAGCUUAGGAUCAUCUACUUCGGAUAAAUCGUUAUAUAGAACAAACAGAGAGUAUGGAUCUCAAGAUGUAAUUCUAUCACUUAAUGAUGCGAAUUCUACAUUGAAGGGAUCUAAGAGCCGAAAUGUUAUAGAUUUAGUAGAUCUGAAAUCAAAUUUAGAAUCGGUUCAGCAAACAUUUAUCAAUGAAAACAUAAUUAAUAAAGACCGAUAUGAAACUGUGGAAAAUUCAGCCACUGAACUACCGCAAGGGGCUAAAAAAAGUGCUUCUAUCAAGCCUUAUGCUCGACCUAUCAGUCAUAGCGCGCGGGCUGCAAACCUUAAGCACAAUAAGUCCAUGGGAAUAUAUAGACAGAGUGAACAGGUUAGAAAGCAGAACAAAGCAAUAUCCAUGAAAAAAGUAAGGGAAAGUGCACUGGUUAUAGAACAAAAAAAUGCAAAGUCUAUGGAAAAAGGCAGAGAGAAUGUAUUGGUUACACAACAGAAACAGUCAAUAUUCAUGGAAAAAGCAAGACAAUCUGUUUCCGACGUAACACGACCAAAAACUUAUGCGAGUAGCCUUAACACAGAGCAAACUGCUAGUCAUUGUGUGUUCGAAGGUGAAUUAUCAGUUAAUAAUAGUGAACUUUCAAAUUUGGUAAAGCAAGCACCAAUACAUGAUAUUGAAAGAGAACCUAUCCAAUCAAAUGAACUGGUGAACAGUUUAGAGACUGAUUUGCAUGGUGAAUUGCUUUGCACAAGUGUUGGAAUUGAAUCAAAUCUUAAAAUCGCUAGGAUCGAGAAGGACCAACCUGGGAAUCAAGAAAGUAGCAAGCUAUGUACUUCAUCUAGGCAGUUUAGUUCCACUGAACCAAAUAUGGAGCAGAAGCUUGUACAAUCAAUGGAAGUUAGUAGUUCUGAAAUCAAAGCAGUCCAAGGAAUUGAUUCAACUUUGGAUAAGUCGUUAUCUAGAACUAUAAGUAUGUAUGGGUCUGAAGAUAUAGAGAUAUCAGCAUUUGAUCGAAACCCUACAUCAAGUCAAAGGAAGAGUCCAGAGGUUAUAAAUUUGGUAAAUCCAUUGCAAUUGGAUCCUACUUCAACAUCAGAAUUAGUCCAGCAAACACUUUCCACCGAAAAUUUAAUUGACAAACUCCCAUCUGAAGUUAUGGAAAAAUGCUCAAGCUGUUCUUCUGUAACAAGUUUAUUUAUUUAUAUGGGUUAUUUUGAAAACAAUGUUUCAGCAAAGAGACCUUUAUGUACAGAAUGUGCCUUCAAACAGGGUGUGUUGUCAUUUUCUUUGUUUAAUCUUUUAAAAUCUCAUGGAGAGGAAUCUACAUUAGAUUCUUGUCGAAUCCCCAAAACAGGCAACACAGUAUCAAACAUCCAGGAAAAGAAAACUAUCGGGAAUAUAAAUGAUAUGGAAGAAAGCCAAAACAGUGUACAAGAUACUGUAAUCAACUCGCAGUGUAAAAUUGAAGAUUUUUCGGCAACAAAAUGCUGUCAGAUAACCUUGAAUGGGAAUAGAAAUUAUGUUAUUCUUGAUGGACCUAGUCAGCAAAAGGAGGACGCUGUUGUAGAACCGACACAAGAACUUAUACAAAGAUCAGUUUCACCUGGUGCUGACACGUUAAGUAUCAUAGCAAGACAUACCAAGAAUAGUAAACUGAAAUCUAGAAGUGUUAAUCCAAGUGUUACAGGCCACACAUUUUCUGGUUCAGAUCAUGCCAAACCAAACUCUGCAAGUUGUGACAUCCCACACGAGUCUUCAGUGGCAAUACAGCCAGAUGCAAAUGAUGUCUGUGUUGAAACACCAGGUGGUAAAGCAGAACACGGCCAUAUUGCAUCUAAUACAGAUCAGAAAAUCAACAUAGUGAGAGGAACAAACCCAUGUGUCAGUGAACUUGGAGAUGCAUUAGCAAGAGUUGUAUAUUCAAGUGAUAUGUCAUCCAUAAACACACAGCAAUGUACGUCAGUUAGUAGGAAGCGAACAAGGAGUACAUCGAAACAUAUUACAACUUUAGGGAAAUGUUGUAGGAAGCAGGACACGAUCAAUGAUAUUAAACAGGAUAAUGUGAAACUACCACAAAAUGCUAAGAAAAUUCCCUCAUUCAGGCAUCUUGGUAGACCUACAAGACAAAGUGCACGGGCUGCAAAAGAGAUGUUUAAAAAGCCAUUUGGAAAACACAGACAUAGUGCACAAACUACACAACAGGACAUAGAAAAAUUAAGGGAUUGUGCGCAGGUUGUAAAACAGAAGACUGCAAAGUCUAUAGGAAAAGCCAGACAAAGUGCAUGGAUUGCAAAACAGAUGUAUGAAAAGUCAAAACACAUACAUAAUGCACAAGCUAUAAAACAGAACAUAAAAAAAAUAAGGGUAAGUGCACGGGUUGCAAAACAGAUGUCUGCAAAGUCUAUGGGAAAAGAGGGACAAAGUGCAAGGGUUACAAAACAAAAGCAUGCCAUGUCUAUAGAAAAUGGUAAUGAGUGUUUUUCUGGCUUUGUCUGGCGAGUGCCACCUUUUGAUAGUAGCCCUGACAUAGAAAAAACUUUGAACAAUUGUGUGUUGGAUGACCAAGGUCCAUUAUCAGUGAGUAAUGGUGAAAUAUCAGAUUUGGUUGAGCCGACAUCAAUUAAUGAUCCCCAAAGAGAAAGAAUUUCGUGUAAGGAAGUGUGGGGAAACUCCGUGCCUGAUGUGCAUGACGAAUUGCAAACUACAAGAGUUGGUAUUGAGCAAUUAAAAAUGUGUAAUACCACUGGCAGCAAGGCUGUCAUAUUGGCUCCAAAUGAAGAGACUGACAAGGUUGACAAGUCUAAUGUUCAGUCAAUUAUGUUACCAGAUAUCCAGCCUUAUUUCACAACACAACCCGGUCAAGCUAAACCGACAGCAAAUGAAACAAAGCCAACUAAAAGCAAACGGUAUCCUUCCCAUGCAUUGUUAGACAAGCUAAUUUCGAACACAUUUAGAUGUAUUAGCUGUGCUGGAGAAUUCAGUUUAACAAAGAUGUAUGUUAUAUCUGACAAACAUUUUUGCAUCGAUUGUGCAUUGAAGAAGCGUGUGAUAUCCAAUUCUUUAUAUAAUAUUCUUAAUUCUAACCAAGUGGAAUCCAGUUUACCACGAUCAGAUGAUGAAAACACUCGUAGUUGUAGGAUUAGAUUAUCAAACAAAUUUAAGAUUCAGCAAUACAUGACAGGUAACCGUUUAAUUAAUUUUUAUGACAAAGUAUCGUAUAAGUUUUUUGCUAAGAAACCUAAAGGAAGUACUUCUAAACUUCUUACAACCGUUGGUAAGUGUGGUAGAAAGCAGACCACUGUAAUUGAUAAGGAUAUUGAGCUUGUUGAUAUCCAACUGUCUACAAAAGUAGCCACUGAACUACCUCAACAGACAGAGACGUUUGCAUCAUUCAGGCCUUUUUCUAGUUCUACAAGACAAAGUGCACAGGCUGCAACACAGAUGCAUGAAACGUCCAUAGGAAAAGAAAGACAUAGUGCACAGGUCACACGACUGAAGAGUGCAAAGACCAUGAGAAUAGAAGAUAGACUGAGUAAACGGGUUUCACAACAAAAGAGUGCAAAUUCUAUGGGAAAAGACAGCACAAGUGUUUCUAAUAUCGAGAGACAAACACCAUUUAAUAGUAGCCCUCACCAAGAAAAAACUGGGUAUCAUUGUGUGUUGGAUGUCCUUGGUCCAUUAUCAGUGAAUAAUGAUAAAAUAUCAGAUUUGGUUAAGCAAGCAUCAACACAUGGUUCCAGAACAGGAAUAACCUAUUCUAAAGAACUGGUGAAAAAACCUAUUACUCCUGUACACGAUGAAAUACAUACAGCAACGUCUAGUUUGAUAGAAAUCAAAGUGUGCAAUGCAACUGACAGAAAGUCUUGUGAAUUGGCUUCCAAUGAAGUGUUUAACAAGGAUGAUACAUCUUUCUUGAAGUCUGUUUGCAUAGAAACCAUUGCAGAUAUCCAGCCUGAUUGUACAGACCACCAGAACAAAGUUAUAACAAGGGGCUUAGACAAACUCGUUUCCAAUAUAUUUAAAUGUUCCAGUUGUGCUGGAGAAUUCGGUUUAACAAAGAUGUAUGUAAUAGCCUUCAAGCGUUUAUGCAUCGAGUGUGCUCUGAAGGAGGGGUUUUUAUCGCUGUAUCUUUAUAAUCUUUUAAAUUCUAUCAACUUGGUAUGCAGUGUAUCCCUGUCAGAUUGUAAUCAAACUCCGAGUAGUAGAAAGAAAAUAUCCAGGAUCAAUAAAGUGAAACCUGUGGGCAAAGACAGUAGCAAGUGUUUAACCUCACAUAUGCACGAUUGUACAGCUCAGCCAGACAAGAAACGAAAGCUUUCCAAAUCGAUGAAGGGUAGACAGCUAAGUACAACUGAAGGCAAACGGUCAUCCAAUUUUGAUCAAAACUCCAGAUCAGGCAUAACUGGGGGAACUUCAACUUCCUAUCAGAAUCAUGCAGUACACGAAACUUUACCAAGUUGUGAACCUCUGCCUUCAUUAGAAGCAACAAUAUCAGAUUUUGUAGCGCCAUCAUAUGUGGAUCUGACCACAUCAGAAAUUGUUCAGCAAACACUUACGGGUGCAUUUAGUGAAGACAAAGUCCAUACAAAUCUGCGACAAUGCUCAAGCUGUUCUGGAGAAAUCUAUUCAACAAGGGUUUUAUCAAGAUCAAAGAAUGAUUUAUGUAUAGACUGUGGUUACAAACAAGGACUUAUGUCGCUUUCUUUGUAUAAUAGUUUGAAAUCUCAAGAAGUGAAAACUCCUUCAGAUUCUUGUCGAAUCCAAAGCACAAGCAGCGGUAUUGCGAACGUCCUGGAAAAGAAACGUAUCGGGAAUAAAAAUGCUAAGGGCCUGAUCAGAAUUGAAAACCUGGUUAAGGACACCCCUGCUGUAACCGAAGCCACUGUGACUGCACCAGCACAAACGACAGAAGACAUGCCAGGGAUUGAUGGGCGAAGAAAGACAAAACAGAAGUUUAUGUUCGGGGAACAACACGGAAUUCCCAAUGAGUCAAUUUUCUUGCAACGUGAAGACACUACAGAUAUAGUCACCACACGUGACUUGGCGCCGUCUACAAAAAAGCUCAUGCACUUGAAAGAGAUAGGGAGUGUUGAGAAUUUGUUCGUCUUGCCGGGAUGUGCCAUUCAAUCCAGCGGUAUUCUCAAAUUGUUCAAUAGAAAUUUGAAGACCAGGCAGUGUAAAGAGAUUGAGACAGAUGAAAAUAGGAUGGAACUGGAAGCAAUUGAAAUCAUUAGGAAGGAGGAACGAUCUGUCAAUGACAGUGAAAAAAGUCUCACCAGUGUACUAAAUAGUGUAACUGAAUCGCGUGGCAGAGCUGUAGAUUUAUCUGCAAGCAAGUGCUGCAAGCAAACAUUAGUGCGAACUACUAGUGAUGAAAGUCUUGACCUGCCUGAGCUGGAAAAGGUAGCUGCUGUUGAAAGAUCACUAACUGUACAUGCAGAGCAUGGACAUAAACAAGAAAGAUUACAUUCCAAUUCUUAUACCCCUGCUAGGCAUUGCAAGAACACUAAACUGAAGUGUAAGACUGAAAGCCAAAGUAUGUCGGUGAAAACAUGUUCUGGAUCAGAUGCAGUAGAAGAGCUCGAGCUAAGCCAUAUACGUUGUGUCAAGCUUCAAAACAAGCCUUCUUCAGUAAGACAGCAGGAGUCAGAUGAGAGGUGCGAAGGAAAAGGAUCAUCACCAUUAUAUCAGAAGUCCACAUCAAGGAGAACUGAAAGUCAGAUAGGGUUCAAUUCGGCAGAACCCUUACCUUCGGAUCAGAUUCCUUCAAUGGGUGAUACUGAGAGUCUGUAUGAUGUUGGGCAUUCAUCUUUGGAUCAGAUUAAUAAAACGGUGGAAACGGAACUAGGAGGUAUUAAUCCGUUAAAUUCAGAUGAGAACAAAACCUUGCGGCAAAAUCAGAGUUCGAACGCCUUUGAUGUGUUUGCUCUAUCAGUUUUGGAUCAGAGUAAUACAUUGGUUAAAAUGAAUGGUACAUGUAAAAAUCGGUCUAAGGUCAAUAUGUCAGCAACUUUUGAACAUCCCCCUUCAUUUGAGGGAACUAAGAUGCCUUAUGUGUCAGAUUUUGAAGAUUCAUCAUAUGUGGCUUUGACAUCAGACACAGGAACAACUUCAGAAAGUGUAAAGGUCAAUAUGUCAGCAACUUCAGCACAUCCCCCUUCAUUAGAAGGAACUAAGAAGCCUUAUGUGUCAGAUUUUGAAGAUUCAUCAUAUGUGGACCUGAAAUCAGACACCGGAACAACUUCUGAAAGUGUAAAGAAAACACUUACAGAUGGAUUUACUGAAAUCAAAGUCCCUAAAAUUCUGGCACGAACUCGGACAACUUCAGAAAUUGUAAAGAAAACACUUACAGAUGAAUUUACUGAAAACAAAGUCCAUAAAGUUCUGGUUAAAUGCUCAAGCUGUGCUGAAGUAAUCUUUUCACAUGUACCUAAGGUUUUAUCAAAGUCAAAGACUUUAUGUAUAGACUGUGGCCUCAAUCACGGACUUUUGUCGCUUUCUUUGUAUAAUCGUUUAAAAUCUCCAGAAGGAGCAUCUCAAUCAGAUAAUGCAAAAGUCCAGGACAUAAACAGAAUUGGUAUUUAAAAUGGGACAAAAAGCCUUGCCAUGUGUAUAUUAGAUCGUAACCAAAUCCUGCGCAGAGCUGAGGUUUUCCUAGCAAGUAAGCGCAGGAAGGAAACACAAGCAGGGAAUUCAAGUGCUAAAAUUCUUGAUGUGUCUUAGCUUGAAAAGGAAGCUGUGAUUGUACGACAGAUACAAUAGUUUGAAAAUAGCUGUUUGUUAGUUUCCACUGCAGUUGAAAAUGCAGAACCUUCAGGGUCAGGAUCCUCAGGAAUCAUUGGUAUGACAAACAUUUAAAUAAAUAGCAGUGCUGUUACUGAUCGUGGAAAUUGACUAACAGUAAUGCAUUUAAAUUAUCCAAAUACCAUAGUUAGAUCGUAAGAGAGAUAAAUUGUAGAAUAGGAUUGUAUAUCAAAGUGUGUCACGGCGCAACAUUUCUGGUUAAAAUGAUGUUGAAGAGUAUAAGCUAAACCGCGCAAGUCAUUUAUUAUGAAUUAAUUAUGUAAGGUGUUAGUUUUUAGUCUUAAUUGGAGAGCUCAUACUUAUAUAAAGGGCAUUUACUUAUGUAAUGAUAUUGUUUAAUAAAAUUUUAUAAAAUAUCUUAAAUUUACUCGUGUUUUUAUUUUUUAGUUUAUUGUUUGCAAUCGUGUGUUCUGAUGAUACUUUCAUAUCCGUUGAUUAUGAUUUAAUUUAACCCUUUACCACUUAGAUAUAUACAUUGACGCAUUUAUAGUUCCUCAGAAAGAUACAUUUAAUCAAAGACAUGCCUUACUAGAUUCAAGUUUUUUUGGCUUCAUUGCCAACCCUUAGAUACUGAUCAGCAGCAAACAGCAUAACAUCUGAACAGACUGCAAGUUACUCGCAGGCUGUUCUGGUUUUAUGCUGUUUGCACAUAGCCAUUUUCAAUUUGCACCAGAGCGGGAAAAGGUAAAUUCCUGCGCCUUCGAAAUUGUAAUCUUAUUGACUUAAAACACAGUUUUGCAUAGUAUUACCUUUUUAUGCCCCCUUCGAAGAAGAGGGGGGUAUAUUGCUUUGCACAUGUCGGUCGGUCUGUUGGUCUGUCGGUCGGUCCGUCCACCAGGUGGUUUCCGGAUGAUAACUCAAGAACGCUUAGGCCUAGGAUCAUGAAACUUCAUAGGUACAUUGAUCAUGACUCGCAGAUGACCCCUAUUGAUUUUGAGGUCACUAGGUCAAAGGUCAAGGUCACGGUGAUCCGAAAUAGUAAAAUGGUUUCCGGAUGAUAACUCAAGAACGCUUAGGCCUAGGAUCAUGAAACUUGAUAGGUAGAUUGAUCAUGACUCGCAGAUGACCCCUAUAGAUUUUCAGGUCACUAAGUCAAAGGUCAAGGUCACAGUGACCCGAAAUAGUAAAAUGGUUUCCGGAUGAUAACUCAAGAACGCUUAGGCAUAGGAUCAUGAAACUUGAUAGGUAGAUUGAGCAUGACUCGCAGAUGACCCCUAUUGAUUUCAGGUCACUAGGUCAAAGGUCAAGGUCACAGUGACCGGAAAUAGUAAAAUGGUUUCCGGAUGAUAACUCAAGAACGAUUAUGCCUAGGAUCAUGAAACUUAAUAGGUAAAUUGAUCAUGGCUGGCAGAUGACCCCUAUUGAUUGUCAGGUCACUAGGUCAAAGGUCAAGGUCACUGUAACCCGUAAUAGUAAAAUAGUUUCCGGAUGAUAACUCAAUAACGCUUAUGCCUAGGAUUAUGAAACUUGAUAGGUAGAUUGAUAAUGACUCGCAGUUGACCCCUAUUGAUUUUCAGGUCACUAUCAAAGGUCAAGGUCAAAGUGACCUGAAAUAGUAAAAUGGUUUCCGGAUGAUAACUCAAGAACGCUAAUGGCUUCGAUCAUGAAACUUCAUAGGUACAUUGAUCAUGACUCGCAGAUGCCUCCUAUUGAUUUUGAGGUCACUAGGUCAAAGGUCAAGGUCAUGGUGACCCGAAAUAGUAAAAUGGUUUCCGGAUAUUAACUCAAGAACGCUUAUGCCUAGGAUCAUGAAACUUUAUAGGUACAUUGAUCAUGACUCGUAGAUGACCCCUAUCGAUUUUGAGGUCACUAGGUCAAAGGUCAAGUUCACAGUGACCCGUAAUAGUAAAAUGGUUUUCGGAUGAUUACUAAAGAACGCUUAUUCCUAUGAUCAUGAAACUUGAUAGGUAGAUUGAUCAUGACUCGCAUAUGACCCCUAUUGAUUUUCGGGUCACUAGGUCAAAGGUCAAGGUGACCCGAAAUAGUAAAAUGGUUUCCGGAUGAUAACUCAAGAACGCUUAUGACUAGGAUCAUGAAACUUCAUAGGUACAUUGAUCAUGACUGGCAGAUGACCCCUACUGAUUUUCAGGUCACUAGGUCAAAGGUCAAGGUCACAGUGACAAAAAACAUACUCACACACUGGCUGUCACUACAACGGAGAGCCCAUAUGGGGGCAUGCAUGUUUUACAAACAGCCCUUGUUAUUUUUUUUAUUUUUUUAUGUUCAUUGUUUUCUGUUAGGAAAAAUUCGAAACAGUUUAUCAAUGGCGUUAGAUACUUUUUGCCAUUAUGUUCACGGCUGUUGUAUACUUGGUUUGAUAACUUGUUGUUUGUUUUUUCCAAAGGUACCAUUGACAAAUGUAAAUGCUUUUAGUGUAUGAAAUUGAAAUAAUAUUGUAAGUGGAUUAAAAUGUUUCUGGUGAA